ACCUCCGCGGCCCGCCCCGCAUCCGCACAGCUCUCUCCCUCUCUACCCACACACCCUCUCUCUCUCUCUCUCUCUCUCUCUCUCUCUCUAAACCAUAAAGUAUCAGAGAGCGGGCUUGACAAUGGCUGCUGCUGCAGCCUCAGCUGCGCCACUAGCCGUGAACGGACUGAAAAUGGUGACCACAUCACAGGCGUAUCUUGAAAGCAGCAGAGUCAAAGAAACUAAGGUUUUGAUAUCAGACCUUUGCCGUCAAUUCUACACCCUCGGAUGGGUCUCCGGAACAGGUGGCAGCAUCACCAUCAAGGUCCACGAUGACUCCAUCCCCAAACCCAACCAGCUCAUCCUCAUGUCCCCUUCUGGUGUGCAGAAGGAAAGAAUGGUUCCAGAGGAUAUGUAUGUGCUUUCUUCAAGUGGGUCUAUAUUGUCUUCGCCAUUGGCAAAGCGGUACCCCCAUAAGCCUCCCAAAUGUUCAGAUUGCGCUCCUCUCUUCUUGAAGGCAUAUGAGACGCGUAAUGCUGGUGCUGUUAUACACAGUCAUGGGAUGGAAUCUUGUGUGGUAACAAUGAUCAAUCCAUCAUCCAAAGAGUUUCGGAUCACUCAUAUGGAAAUGAUAAAAGGAAUUCAAGGGCAUGGCUAUCAUGAUGAGCUUGUGGUUCCCAUAAUAGAGAACACUGCCCACGAGCAGGAGCUCACAGAAUCUCUUGCUGAAGCUAUUGAAGCUUACCCAAAAACGACAGCAGUGCUGGUUCGGAACCAUGGCAUAUAUAUAUGGGGAGAUUCUUGGAUAAGUGCUAAAACUCAGGCUGAAUGUUACCACUAUCUAUUUGAUGCUGCAAUUAAACUUCAUCAACUGGGAGUGGAUUGGUCUACUCCAAAUCAUGGUCCCAUUCUUAGUUUUAAAGGCGUUUUAGGUGGUGAUCGGAACAUUAACAUGUCUGCAAAGGCAGGAACUCUUAUUUCAAAUGAUAAAAUUGAGUCACCAAGACGUUGCAUUGUACUGGAUAUUGAAGGGACCACUACUCCUAUAUCAUUUGUUACUGAUGUGCUCUUUCCAUAUGCUCGUGAUAAUGUGGGGAGACAUUUAUAUGCGACAUAUCACAGUGCAGAAACUCAAGAUGACAUUAAGUUGUUGCGCUCUCAGAUACAGGAUGAUUUAGAACAAGGGAUUAUUAAUGCUGUGCCCAUCCCCUCUGAUGAUGCAGGGAAAGAGGAGGUGAUUGCUGCUUUGGUUGCCAAUGUGGAAGCAAUGAUAAGAGCUGACAGGAAGAUUACUGCUUUAAAACAAUUACAAGGUCAUAUAUGGCGAACUGGAUUUCAGAAUAAUGAAUUAAAAGGGGUAGUUUUUGAUGAUGUGCCUGAAGCUCUUGACAAGUGGCAUGCUUUGGGCAUCAAGGUGUAUAUAUAUUCCAGUGGUAGCAGAUUGGCACAGAGGCUUAUAUUUGGCAAUACGAAUUAUGGGGACUUGAGAAAGUACUUGUGUGGGUUUUUCGAUACAGCAGUGGGGAACAAGAAGGAAACAAAGAGUUAUAUUGAAAUCUCAGAGUCCUUAGGAGUAGAUAAGCCGUCAGAGAUUUUAUUUGUGACAGAUGUCAUUCAAGAAGCCAUAGCUGCAAAGGCAGCAGGUUUGGAGGUGAUAAUUUCUGUCCGCCCGGGAAACGGACCUCUUCCGGAGAAUCAUGGAUUUCGGAUAGUAAAUUCUUUUUCAGAAAUCUAAGAAUGGAUGUAUCCUUCUGUAAUCUCAUUGAAUGUAAUUGUUACAAAUUAGUAAAAAUAUGCAUGAAUAAAGAACUCCUACUUCGGAACAAA